AUAAUUUCCCGCCAGAUGGCCCGCAGCGUGUAGGCUCCUCGCAGAAUGGCCGGGCUUGGGUCUCGUGCCGCUGCUAUCCUUUCGGAGGAGCCAUUUGGAGUGAAGCUCCUCCGCCGGGAGUAUGAGCGCAAGGCGGGCGGGCGCUUUAAGCGGAGCGACGGCCCCGGCUGCGCGCUGCCGCCCGGCGCCAUCCAGCUGUAUGUGCGCGAGGGCGCCGCACCGCCCGGCGGCGACUGCUGCGUGGAGGAGGUGGCGGUGCUAGGCAGGCGUGUGGCCUGGACAUGCGGCCACCGCGUGCGCAAGCUGUUCACACUGGGAUUCGAGGUGCUGCAGGCCACGUGGGCGCUGUUCCCGGGCUACGGUCGCGGCGAGCCCGUGCUGUGCCUGCUGGGGUCCGCCGGGCUGCUGGCCACGUGCGCGGCGGGCGGCGAGCUGCAGGAGUGCGCGGUGCCGCCGGGGCUGGAGGCGCUGUGGCCGGCGGGCGAGGCGGGGCUGCUGCUGGGGGGCGCCGCCGCCUCCACGCUGUACCUGCUGUCCCACCCGCUGGACGAGCCGGCGCCGGUGGUGGCUGACGUGGCGGCGCGCUACGGCGGGCGGCCCGGCGGCGGCAGCUACGCGGGCUGGGCGGGCGAGGCGGUGGUGUGGAGCAGCCACGACCUGCCGUACCUGGCCACUUACAGCGAGGCGGCUGGGCGUCUGGCUGUGUGGGCUGUGGGCCGCGCGGCCCUGGCUCCCGAGCUGCUGGGGGACCUACCCGACAUGCCCGCGGCCACUCCCCUGCCGCCGGGCGCCAUGGCGGGGCCGGGCGGAGCCGGGCCCCACAUGCCCGUCGCCGGCGCCGGUGUUGGUGUUGGUGUUGGAGCUGGUUUUGGCGCCGGUGUUGGUGCUGGUGUUAGUGCUGGGGUGGCAGGUGGAGGUCGCAGUGAUGGGGUUGCAGGAGGAGGGUUGGGCGGCGGCGGUUUCGGCGGCGUGGCGGCGGCGCUGGGCGCGCCGCCGCCCAGCGCUGUGGCUCCGGGCACGGCGACGUCGGGCAUGUCGCUCGCCACGCCGCUCAGCAUGUUCAGCUUCCAACCCCACGGCGGCGGCGGCGGCGGCGGCGGUGGCGGCGCUAUGGGGAAGGGUGGUGUUGGUGCCCCCGGCGGCGCUGGCGGCAAUGCCGGGACUGCUGGCGGGAUGGCGGGCGGCGCGGGCGGCGGCGGCGGCGCGUCGUUCGGGUUCGGCGCCGUGCGGGGCCAAUCCAUGGCGGCGCCGUCGCCGGCGGCGCCGCCCAGCGCUGCGCCGUCGGACAUGUCCAUGGCCUUCACGCCCAUGCACGGCGGCGGCCCGCCGCCGUCGGCGGCGGCGGCGGCGCUGUAUGCCGGCUUUCCGCCGCCGGCGGAGCAGCAGACGCCGGCGAGCGCGGCGCCGUCGGACAUGUCCCUCAUGGACAUCACACCGAUGCCGCCGCCGCCGCCGCCGCCACAGCUGCAUGGAGUGGGUGGCGGCGUGGGCGGCGCCGCCGCCGCCGCCAGUGCUUCGCCCUACCUGCCGCCCAGCGCCGCGCCUUCCGACAUGUCCAUGGCCAUGACGCCGGCGCCAGGGGCCGCCGCCAUGCCGGCGCCGGCGCCGGGGCCGGGCUCGCAGCAGGCGCGCUUCCCCGCCUUCCCCACGCCACAGCACCAGCAGCAGCACCAGCACCAACAGCAGCAGCACCAGCAGCCGUCGCCGGCGGCGCCGCCCAGUGCCGCGCCCUCGGCCAUGUCCCUCAUGACCUCGAGCAUGUCGUUGGCGUCGCAACAGGCCACGCCCGCGUCCGCGACGCUGGCGGCGGCGCCGCCGCCGCCGCCGGGCGGCGCGGCCGGCGCGCGGCGCAGCUUUGGCGGCGGCGCCGGUGGCUGGGCAGGCUUCGGCGUGGGUGCCGCAGGCGCCGCUGGCGGCGGCGGUGGGUACAUGUCUCCGUACGUCGGCGCGGUGGCUGGCACGCCUGUGGGUGGCGGCGGCGGUGGCGGCGGCGCGGCGGGCUGGGCGUCGCCGGCGCCGGUGGGCCUGGGCGGCGCGGCCGUGCCCGGUUCGGCUCUGAAGCGGGCCCCCGCGACGCGCACUCCCGACGGCUUCCUCUCGCCGCACCUCUUCAACCCCACGCCGCGCGCCGCGGCGGUCGCAGCAGCCCACGCCGCCGCCGCCGCCGCCCCGAGCCCAGGCGGCUUUGGCUACCACGCCGCCGGCGGCCGAGACGCUGGCGGCAGGCCGCCGCGUCACCCGGGUACACCGGCGCAGCUUUUCGCUGGCGACGGCGCGGGCGCGGCGGCCGGCGGCGGCGGCGGCGGCGGCGUUGCCGCCAGCACGCCGGGCUUGCUGGGCGGGGUGGCGGGCGGGCGGCGCGGCAGCCGUACGCACGUGACGGCGGCGUCGCGGCCGCCGGCUGUGGGCGGCUCGGGCGGGGAGUGCCGCGUGAUGGUGCUGCUGCAUGAGGAGCCGCUGCCGCCGGGCGUGCGGCCCACGGAGGCUGUCAUGGCCACUGACCUGGCAGGGGCGCCGCUGCUGUGCGUGCUGUGCGUGCUGUGCGGCGGCGCCGCCCGCGUGCUGGGCUUCUCCAUCACCACCGCCGCCCCGGGCUCCGCCGCCGGCUCGCCCGCCGCCGCCGGUAGCGCCGCCGCCGGCGCCAAGGCGCAGAAGGGUCAGGCGAGGGAGCACACGCCGUACGCAGCAACAGCUGCGGCGGGCGGCGACGGCGGCGGCGCGGCGGCGGCGGCGGCGGCGGCGGCUCAGACGGCGCGUGUGAAGCUGGUGGGCAGAAUUGAGGCGACCGCGAUUGCGGCUGUAGCAGCCACCGGGCUGCAUAUCCUCGACGGCAGUAGCAGCAGCGGCGGCGCCGUCAGCAACGGCGCCGGCAGCGAUGAAGGCGGUGGCAGUAGCAGCGGCGGCUCGCUGCUACAGCCGCGGCUGCACCGCGACCUUCUGGCGCUACUGCCGUCGGGGGAGCUGGUGGUGCACCGGGGCCUGGCGCCGCUUUUUGCCGUUGCCAUCGCCCCGAGCGCGCCCCCGCCACAACCAGCACCGCAGCAGGCGCCACAGCAGGCGCAGCAGCAGGCGAGCGCCCAAGCGCCGCCGCUUUCGGCACUGCGCGUUGGGACCGGCCCUGCCGCCGCCGGUAUCAGAGGCGCCGACGCUAGCGGCGCCGCCGCCGGAGGCGCCGCAGCCGUGGAGGACCCCUCCACUCCCACCGCCUCGGACGGCGGCACCGACAUGCUGCUUGACGACGGCUGCUCCGACAUGGACGAGGGGAACAGCGACGAAGAGGUGGCGGCCAGGCCUGGUGCCGGCGUUGGCGGCCACAGCCGCGGCGCCUCGGCCCGCCGCAGCGCCGGCGGCGCCCGGCGGCAGCGCGCCGGCGGCGCCGCCGCUGGCGCCACCGCGGCGGCGGCGGCUGCGGUGGCGGCGGCGGCACCGAUGAGUGAGGAGGGGGAUGACAUGAUGCUCAUCUCAUCGCCGCCGUCGUACAUGGCCAGUGCCGGCGGCGCCGCCGCCUCGACGCCGGGAUCCGCCACUGCGGCGUGGGCCGCGGCCGCCGCCGGCGCCGGCGCUGCGCCCGCGCCAGGUGCCACUGGUCCGCCAGCGGCUACUGCUGCUACUGCUACUGCUACUGCUACUGCUGCUACUGCUGCGGCUGCUACUGCUGCGGCUGCGGCGGCUCUGGUGCCGGCGCCGCCGAAGCUGGUGGGGUUGCGCCGCGGCGUCGGCAACACAGUGGUCGCGCUGCUGCCGCCGCCAGCAGCCGACGCGGUGGUGGCAGCACCAAUGGCAUCCACAGGUGCAGCGGCAGCGCCGCCGCCCCGCUGCAAGCCGCGGCGGAGCCUGGCGGGCGCUGAGCUCCUUCCGGCGGCGCCCGCUGCGCCGCCGCCGGCGCCGCCGGCCGUUGAGCUGCGGCUGCUGCUGCCCUUCGCAACUGUCUCACGCCUGACGGCGGCGGCGCUGGAGGCGGUGCGGGCGGCGGCGCCGGCGGCGGCGUACCUGACCUUCCUGCGCCGCUUCUACGCCGCACGGCCCGCCGCCACCGCGCGCGCCGCCAGCGAGUGGGCCAUCUUCGACUCGGUCCUGUCCGAGUGGGCCGCCGACCCAGAGGCCUUCUCCCUCGGCGGCGCGUCGACAGCGGCUACAGCCGCCGCGGCCGGCGGCGCGCCUGCCGGCGCUGGUGCCAGUGGUGCUACUGCCGCCGCUGGUGCUGGCGCGGGUGCUACAGCCAGCGCCGCCGGGCCCGACCCGCUGACUCCCUUCUCCACGCCACUGCACACGCGGCGCUUCGCAGCCAUGUCGCUUGCGUCGCCGGCGCCGCCGCAACAGCCGCCGCAGUCGGCGGCGGCGGGCGCGGCGGCGGCGGCGGCGGCGGCUGGUGGUGCGCCCGGCAGUGGCGGCGGCGGCGGCGGCGGCGGCGGCGGGUCGGCAUGGGAGCGGCUCCUGGCGUCCGAGACGCAGGCGCGGCUGCUGGCGGGCGGUGGUGGCGGCGGCGGCUUGCGGCGGCGGCUGGGCUGGAUGUCGCUCAAGCCGCCGGUCGCUGCUGCCGCCGCCGGCAGCGCUGCCGCCACUGCGCCCGCCGCCACGGGGCCCGCCGCCACCGCCGCCGCUGCCGCCGCCAGCCUGCCCAUCGCCAACCUGCAGGCGCUCUUUGGAGACGGCCCUGCCAGUUACGACCCGGCGGCGGCGCCGCCAGCCGCCGCCGCCGCCGCCGCCAGGCCGCUGGGCGCCGCCGCCGCGCCGCUGCUGUCCGUGCUGUACGGCCUGCACGGGCUGUACGAGGAGCUUAAACUGGACGUGCUGACGUGGCCCAGCCUUGCGCCGCUGGGCGCCUGUUUGGGCAACCUGGCGGCGGCGCUAGGCCUGCACACCUACUGGGAGCACUACGCACGGGACCUGGGGCCGGCGGCGCUGGCGGCGGCGGGCGCGGCGGAGCCGCCGCUCAAGGCGCCGCCCGGGCUGGCGGUGCGGCCGCCGUCAGACGUGUACAGGCUGCUGUCGCGCCUGCUCAAUGGCACGGCACCCGAGCCGCACGAGCUGCCCUCCCUGCUGGAGCCCACGGCGCUUGCCGCCACCACCUCCACCACCUCCACCACAUCCGCCACGCUCGCCUCCUUCCCCGCCGGCGGCGGUCUGGGUGGCGGUGGCCUGGGCGGCGGCGGUCUGGGCGGCGGUGGCCUGGGCUGCGGGCGUGUGCGGCACCCGGUGCUGCCGCUCACGUCGCGGCUGCUGGCCUGCUAUGGACUGCUGUGCGAGUGCGCCAGGAGCUGUGCCAGCAUCAUGCUUGAGGCCUCACUGCAGUCGCUGUCCGCCGCCGCCGCCGCCGCCGCCACCGCGACCGCAUCAUCCGCCACCACAGCCGACAGCGCCGCCGCCGCGCCGCGGCUGGAGGCGGCUGUGCGCGCCGCCUCCGAGGCGGUGGUGGCGGCGGUGGCGGCGCAGGGCUGGGACGCGGGCUCGCUGGGUCGCCUGCCCCCCGGGGUGGCGCUGCCGCUGAGGGAGGCGUUCCAGCGCUGCCGCGCCGCGCCGCCGGCAGGCUGGCCGGUACAGGCGUACGCACUGAUCGGGCGCGAGGACAUCGCCGCAACCCUGGCCCCCUCCGGCCUCACCACAGGCAUCCCCACCAUCGCCGCCGCCGCCGCCUCCGACCAGCGCCACCAUCAGCAGCAGCGCGAGAAGGAUGCCGCCGCCGCCGCUGCCGUGGCGGCCGCCGCCGCCAGCUGCGUCAGCGCCGCCGCCGCUGGCGGCGGCGGCGGCAGCGGCGGCGCAGGGCCGGGACCGCAGCCGUCGCAGCUGUCGGCGGCGGCGCUUGCGCAGCUGGCGGCGGCGCACACGGCAGCUGGCGGCGGCGCGCCCAGCUUUGCGGCGCUGCUGGCGCAGAUUCCGGGUCUAGGCGGCGCCGGCGCGACGCCGUACUCCACGCUCGCCCCAGGGGCGCAGUCGCAGUCACUUUUCACGCCGCGGCAUGGCGGCGGCGCCGCCGCAAUGACGGAUUCGGGACCCAACAGCGCCAACGCCGGCUCGGCGGCGGCGGCGGCGGCGGCGGCCGCCGCCGCUGCAGGUGCGCUGGGCGCCAGCCCUGCCGCCUCGCUCUUCUCCUUCCACCCGCCGGGCAGCUUCGGCUCCCUUGCAGCCGUCACGCCCGCCACCGCCCCAGGCGGCGCCGCAGCCGCAGCCGCUGCCGGCGCGCCGUACUCCCGUCGUACGCCCAUGUCGUACAUCCCGUACGGCCGCGCCAGUGUCGGCGGCACGCCCGGCAUUGGCAUGCUCACGCCCGCGGCGGCGACGGCCGCCGCCGCAGGCGGCGGCGGCGGCGGAGCCGCCGGCGCCCUGAUGCCGGCGGCGGCGCAGCCGCCGCCGGCCUCGCGGCGGCUGGCGCCGCCUGCGCCGCCGCCGCGGCCGCCGCCGUCUCACUGGUGGUACCUGUGGCGGCCGCCGUACACUGCCCGGCUGCAGCUGCCCAGCCACCAGCUAGACCUGGGGGCGGAGCUGGAGGCGCCGAGGCGGCUGGAGGGCGCCGCCAAGCAGUUUGAGAGCAAGCACGGCAUGGAGGGCCUCACGCGGGGCGUGUCUCGGCUGCGUUUCGGUCGCGACGGGCGGCUGCGUGACGUCAUCUCGGCCCUGGACAGCUCCCACCCGCUGCUGCUUGACGGACUGGGGCUGCACGAGUCCGACCCCGAGGCGCCCGCCAAGCAGCAGCAGCAGCUGCUGGCGGCGGCGCUGCGGACCAUGUCGCUGCCGCUGGGGCGAGGCGCGGUGGCGCUGGCCACGGGCCGGCCGCUGCCCACCGAGCCCACCGCCUCCGUGCCCAGCAUGUGUCUGGCGGGUCUGGUCCCAGACCAGCUGUCCGGCCACACCGUGGUCAACCUGGACCUGUCCACAGCGCAGCCGGCGCCGGGCGGCGGCGCGGCGGCGGACUUCACGGCCUGGCCCGAGUUCCACAACGGAGCGGCGGAGGGGCUGCGGCUCAGCGCGGCGCCCGGCGAGGGCCUCACACGCACCUGGCUGCAGGUGGCCACCAAGCCCGACGUGCCCUCCUACACGCACGCCGGCCUGCUCAUGGCGCUGGGACUGACGGGGCAGCUGGACAGGCUGUCCUGGACGGACCUGUACAGGUACCUGUCUGACGAGCACGACCCCACCACCAUCGCCGUGCUGGUGGGCAUGGCGGCGCAGCGGCGCGGCAGCAUGGACGCCGUGGUCACACGCAUGCUGUUCCUGCACCUGCCCGCGCGCCACCCCACAUCCUUCCCAGAGCUGGAGCUGUCGCCGCUGGUGCAGGCUGCGGCGCUGAUGGGUGUGGGUCUGUUGUACGAGGGCUCCGCACAUCGCGUAAUGGCGGAGACCCUGGUGGAGGAGAUCGGCCGAAGGCCGCUCUCGCCAGCAGCCGCAGCCGCCUUCGCCGCAGGCGGCACCGGCGGAGCCGGAGGCGCCGGAGGCGCCGGUGGCGGCGGCGGCGGCGCCGGCGGACUGCUCGGCGGCGGCGGCGGCGCCGGUGGCGGCGGCGGCGCGCUGCCGCCGGGGGCGUCGCCGCUGGCUGUGACGCACGACCGGGAGGGGUAUGCGCUGGCGGCGGGGUUCGCGCUGGGUAUGGUGACGCUGGGGCUGGGCGGCAGCAGGGCGGCGGCGGGCCUGGCGGACCUGCAGCUGGAGGAGCGGCUCACGUACUAUAUGCUGGGCAGCACGGACGCCUCUGCGGCGGCGCGGCGCGCCGGCGGCAUGUUUGGCGGCGGCGGCGCGGGCGGUGGCGGCGGCGGCGGCUUCGGCCUAGACCGCGUGUUUGGCCGCAACGGUGGCGGCGCCGGUGCCAAGCUGGGGCACGCGCCGGGGCUGUGGGGCGGCGAUGGCGCCGGUCCCGCGGCGCUCAGCGCGCCCGCCGGUGGCCGCGGCGGCGAGGGCGGCGCGGGCGGCGGCGGCGGCAACGGGCAAGGCGUUGCACUGGUCGUCUUGGAGCCGGACAACUCGCUCAACGUGUCCAUCACCUCCCCCGCCGCCACCGUGGCGCUGGCACUCAUGUACCUGCGCACACACAACGCCGCUGUGGCCGCGCGCUUCGCGCUGCCAGCCACGCCCUACGACCUGGACGCCACGAGGCCCGACGUCAUCACGCUGCGGGCGCUGGGCGGCGCGCUGGUAAUGUGGGACGCGGUGCAGCCCAGUGCGGCGUGGCUGCAGGCUGCCAUGCCGCCGCUGUUCCGGGGCCCGCUCGACCAGCUCAUCGACCGCGUGGUCCAGCACCUACACGCCGCGCCCUCCGCCGCCGCCGCCGCGGCCGGAGGCCCCGCCGGCCGCCGCGGCCGCACCGCCUCCUCCGCUCCCGGCGACGUCCACGCCGUCGCCCUGGCCCACGUCUCCGCCCUGGCCGGCCUGUGCCUGGCCAUUGGGCUCAAAUACGCCGGCAGUGCCAACGCCGCUGCCUACGACACCCUGCGUGGCGUGGCGCUGUCGCUGCUCGCCGCGAAGCGGCGGGUGCCGGAGGUAGCGCCGUCGUCGACGGCGGGCGGCGGCGCGGCGGUGGUGACGGGCGCGGGGCAGGUGGCGGGCGGCGGCGCGGCGGCGGUGGGGCGGCUGGACCGGGCGCCGCUGGAGGCCGCGCUGAGUGUGGUGGUGCUGGCGUUGAGUGUGGUGAUGGCGGGCACGGGCCACCUGCCCACCUUCCACCUGCUGCAGUCGCUGUCGGCGCGGCGGCACCCGGCCCAGCACCACGUGCUGUCCAGCCUGGGCGUGGGCUACGGCGCCCACUGCGCGGUCAGCCUGGCUCUGGGCUUCCUGUUCAUGGGGGCGGGCACACACACCUUCUCCACCACCAACUCAUCCGUGGCAGCUCUGCUGGUGGCGCUGUUCCCAGUGCUGCCGCACACGCCCACAGACAACCGCUGCCACCUGCAGGUGUUCCGACACCUCUACGUGCUGGCGGCGCGGCGGCGCUGCCUGGAGGCCGUGGACGUGGAUUCGCAGCAGCUGGUGUACGUGCCGCUACAGGUGGCGCUACAGCCGCCGGCUACAGCCGCCGCCGCGGCUACAGCCGCCGGGAAGCACGGCGCCGCCGCGGGCGCUGCCGCCGGAGCCGCGGCGGCUGCUGCCGCGGACGGGCCGGCGGGCCGGUGCGGCGAGGCGGGCGUGCGCGGCGACCCCAUGCAGACGGAAGACGGCGGCGUGUUGCGGACCUCCUCCAAGGCCAACCUGCCCUGGACCCCUGAUGGCCAGCUGCGCCCAGGCCUGGGGCCCGGCCUCACGCCCGCCACCGCCACCGCCGCCACCACGACCACCACCGCCGCCACCCCCGCUGCCGCGACGCCGGGCCUACCACACAGUGCCGCCGCGCACACCGCCGCCGCCGCCGCCGCUGCCGCCGCCGCCACCACGACGCCGGCCAGCUCUCCCCCCAUGUUGGAGGCCCUGCAUCUGGAGGGCGACUCCCCGGGCCGCCUGCCGCCGCCCCACACAACCCAUCACGCAGCAGCGCUGCUGCGCGGCGGUGGCGCCGCCGCCGCCGCCGCCACGACAACGGCAUCUGGCGGCGCUGGCGGCGGCGGCGGCGGUAGUGCCAAGACGCCGCCGUCCGUCCACCUUGUGGCGGCGCUGCCCGGCGCCGCCGACGGCACCACGGCGACGCCACCGCCACCGCGGCCCUUCGCCAGCGCCGCCGCCCACGCCGCGCAUGCGGUCACCGCCACCACCACCACCACCACCGCCCCCGCCCCGCACGAGCAGCCGCCGCCUGGGGAGCAGCAUGACCAGCCGCAGGCAGAUGCGGCGGCAGCUGCAGCCGCAUCAACCGCUGUCGCAAACGCAGCCGCAAACGCAGCCUCCAGCUCGCCUCUGCCGCUGCUGCAUUAUGAGCGGGUGGCGCCGGCGCUGCUGCCGGAGCCGCACCAGACCGUGCGGCUGGCGGUGCGGGGGCCGCGCUACUGGCCGCAGCAGCUGGACUGGAGCUCACGUGGCGCCGCCGGCGUGGACGGCACCGGCGGCGGCGGCGGCGGCGUCACCGGGGCGGCGCUACUGCCGCCGGGAGCAGCGGGCACACAGUCGCAGGCGGUGGCGGCGGUGGCGGUGGCGGCGGCGGCGGCGGCUGCGCCGCCGCCUCCGCCCACGCCCUACGGCCUGUUCCCAUUCCACACGCCUCUGCCUGGCGGCGGCGCCGCCAGCGGCGGCGCCGCCAGCGGCGGCAUCGGCAUCGGCGGCGGCAUCACUGGCGCGACGCUGCCGCCACAGGCAUCGGCGCAGCCGCCGCCGCCGCACCCUUACGCGCCCGCUUCCUUCUCCUCCUCCGCUGCCGCCGCCUCGUGCCCCUCCGCCCUGGAGACGGUGUACCGGCAGCUACUGCUGUUUGUGAAGAAGCGCGCCGGCAGCCUCAGCUACAGCCAGGACCCCUCCGGCAUCCGCUCGUUGUUGUCGCGCGCCUUCCACAACCACCAGGGCUUGCUGAGGCAGGGCAUGCCGCUGGAUGCCGGCUCGCUGCCACUGCCCAGUCUGUCCGUGGCGACCUCAGGAGCAAGGGAUGGGGCAGCAGGAAGGGACUCGGUGGCGGCUUCGCCGGCGGCGGGCCGCAGCGCCGGCGGCGCCGUCUCACCGGGCAGCGCCGGCCGCGCGGCGCGGCGACAGCUGGAGUGGCGAGCCAGCGGCGGCGGCGGCGGCGCCGGCGGCGGCGGCGGCGGUCGGGACGUGGUCGAUGCCGCAUCGCCUGGCGGCGCCGCCCGGCGUAUGGAUCUUGACGGCGGCGGCCGCCAAGUCAGCCCCGACCGCCGACGGCCGUCCGCCGACGGCGGCGGCGCCGGCGGCGCCGCAGCUGCCGCCGGAGGCGGCGGCGCGGCCUACGGUGCCGGCAACGCGGCGGCGGCCGCAGACGCAGCCGCUGCAGGCGGCGGCGGCGAGGGCGGUUUUGACCUGGUGCACCUAUGCGCCACCUUCUCCGUGGACCCAUCCAUCAUGGCGUUCGCGCAGCAUAUCAAGGCCAUGCGGGACCUGUGGAUUGCGGCGGAGGCGGAGGCAGAGGCGGAAGCGGAGGCAGAGGCAGACGCGGAGGCGGGUGCUGCUGGAGGCAGCGACGGCAGCAGUAGCAGCAGCAGUGGCCUUCGGCGUGGCCUGUCGCUGCUUGCCGCGCCCAUGACAUCUGCGACUGCGGCGGCGCGGGUGGCGGGUGGCGGUGGCGGUGGCCGUGGCGCGGGUGCUGCAGCUGCGCCGCCGCCGCCGCAGCAGCAGCAGCAACUGCUGCAGCGGCGGCGGCGGCGUUGGCUGGCGGCGCGGCGGCGGCGGCGGCACGGGGCGGAGCUGCUGUCGUUCUGCUACAGCGCCCUGUAUGAGUGCAUUACGGGGGAGAAGACGCCCGCGCUGGCCAUGUACCUACACCUGCACUGCCUCGUCCACAGGGCGGCUGUAGCAGCCGCCGCCAGCAGCAGCAGCAGCAGCGCCAGCGGCGGCGGUGGCAGUAGCGACGGCGGCGGUGCAGGCCGCCUGUCGGCAUUCGCCGCCGCGGCGGCGGCGGCGCCGCUGCACGCCGGCAGUGUGCUUACGGCGGUGGCGGUGCCGCUGGCGGCGCCGCUGCGGGGGCUGCAGUUGGCGCGAGCCUACUACAGCAGCCCGCUGGCGGCGGCGGCGGCCGCCGCCGUCGCCGCCUCCUGCUCCUCGGGUGCGGAGCUGUUCUCGGACCCUGACGAGCAGGCCCUGUGGCGGCCGCUGCUGCAGCCCGCAUUCCUGGACAGCCUGUGGUGCGCGAUGCAGCACAGGCGCUGGCGCCCGCUGCGGCUGCUGCCGGCGGCGGCGGCCGCUGGGGCGCCGGCGGCGGUCCCGAUGUCUGUCCCGGGGGCUGCCAGCACCAGGGCUGAGGGUAGUGGUGGUGGUGGUAGUGGUGGCGGCGGCGCUCUGGGUGCGUACCUGCGGAAGGGUCGGAUGCUUGUGGCGGCGGACUUCGAGGCCGUUGCACCAGGCGUGUGUCGGCGUGCGAUCGAGCCCGAGCUGCAGGCGGAGCUGGGUCGCUGCCUGGCGCUGCACGGCCUGCCGCCGCUGGCGGACAUGGCGGCGGCGCUGGACACACUGCGGCAGCUGCCGGCUUGGCAGCAGGUGCGACAGCUCGCGGCGGCGGCGGAGGCGGAGGCGGCGGCAGCGAGUGCAAGUGCGCGUGCAGGAGUGGCAACAGCCGGACCCGGGCCCGGGGCAGGGAGAGGAGGGGAGGGGUUAGGGGGCGUGGGAGGCUCAGGCGCGGUGGCGGGCGGCAGUGGUGUGGCGGCCACGUGGGCGGUGCUGCCGCUGCUGUCGCUGGUGCUGCCGGGGCUGUCGCCGGAGGCGUUGCUGCUGCUGGGGGCCGCGGUGCCGCUGUGAGGCACGGCGGAGGUGGGGACGGCUGUGCAGUGCUGCGGAAUUCAGACCGUGUGUGUUGCCAGUGCUGUCAUGGGCACGUGUGUGUCUGGGCGUGUCUUGGUAUAAGGUAGAUGUCCGAGAAGGUCAGAGGCGCUGUUCUGACAGCGUGUCCCGAUGCGGCUUGAUUGAUUUGAGGCAUGGGCUGGGGUUGGCCUGUAAGAAUGUGAGCAA